UCUCUCACUGUGAAAGAGGAUGAAAUCUUCCCCAUGAACCCUCCAAAGUUCGAUAAGAUUGAGGACAUGGCCAUGAUGACCCACCUCAGUGAGCCUUCUGUGCUGUAUAACCUCAAAGAGCGUUAUGCAGCAUGGAUGAUCUACACCUACUCAGGGCUGUUCUGCGUCACUGUGAACCCCUACAAGUGGCUCCCAGUGUAUGACUCAGUGGUUGUACAAGGAUACAGAGGCAAAAAGAGGAUUGAGGCUCCACCCCACAUCUUCUCCAUCUCGGACAACGCCUAUCAGUUCAUGCUCCAAGAUAGAGAAAACCAGUCGAUCCUGAUUACUGGAGAAUCUGGUGCAGGAAAGACUGUCAACACCAAACGUGUCAUCCAGUACUUUGCGACAAUCGCAGUGGCUGGAGGAAAGAAAGCUGAACCAGUACCUGGAAAGAUGCAGGGGUCACUGGAAGACCAAAUCAUUGCAGCGAACCCACUGUUGGAAGCUUAUGGUAAUGCCAAGACUGUGAGGAAUGACAACUCUUCACGUUUUGUAAGUUGUUUUAAAACUUUUGACUUGAAAUUGCAUGUUAUCUUUUUAACAACAAUCACUGAUCUAGACAUUAACUUAAAGGGCCAGUGUGUAAUAUUUGGCAUGGUUUAUUGUCAAAUCUGAAUC